AUGUUGGAUAGAUCAUUCCUGGCUCCAUUGGUAACCAGUCUAGUUGAUCAACCCGAUAAACAACAUAACUUGUUGUUGCAGUACCUCAAACUUCUUCGACUCAACUUUGAACGACCGAAUCUCUACGAGAUUAUCAAAGAAGUGUUUGGUGCAGAACGAGUUGAGAGCGAGCUCAAUCAAUGGUUCCUUUCGCCACUCAGUCGGGGCUAUGUCUCCAAUCAUCUCGAACAAAAGUUCAACUACCUCUUCACAUUGCCAAACAAGUCCGCUUCAUCAUUGUUGAUCAAUCAUAAACAGGAUGUGUUAAAGUUCAUUUGUACAUCAUUCAACCAUUGUGACUUGACCAUAAUGAAGUUGUCCCACAACUUGUCCUUAGUAUUGACCAUCAUUUUGAUCGAUGAUGGAGAUAUAUCAGAUGCAAACAUUCAAGCAUUGAUCGAUAUGUUGAAUAAGGAGAAAGAUAGAAGAGAUAGAUUCGAUCAAGUGUUCAUUGAAGUACAAUCAUUCAUCAAACCAAUCGACACCUUUCUUCAAUUCUUUGAUAAACUCAAUGCCAACAACAAGAGCAUCAUCAUCACUCACUUUGGAGCAUCAUUCCUACCAGUAAGUCGUUCAUUAGUUCAUUCUCUGAACUGA